AUGCCCCGGCAGAAGGCCCUCCCGCGGGAGGUUUCCAUGCAAGGUGAGGACCCGGCGUACGUGACGCCGAACGACGCACGCGGAGAACCGGUUUACGUCAACCCGUCAGGUGAUCUGGCUGACGCCGAAAACGUCAUCUAUGAACGCUCCGCAGGUGACCAGCCGAGGUACAUGACUUUGAAAGUUGAUGCUUCAGAAGGGAUGAAGACCGCCCGUGAAGUCGGGGAAGGUUCUGAGCAGCCUCCGGUUGAAGCAGAUGUUCUUGCCGCAGGGGAUUCUGGGAUUCUCAAACGCCUGUACCAACGCAUGACGGCCCUGGAAAAAGACUUCCGGACAAUUUCGAUCACCCUGGGUCUGAUGUACCUGGUCAGCCUGGCCCUGGUCAUCUACAUCACAGGUGAGUCAUCUACAUCACAGGUGAGCUACCAACCCAGCAGCCAGCCCGCCCGACAGCCGAGCCGGGCAGAGGAAAUUCUGACCGUCCCGAAGGAGGUUUUGCCGCUUCUUAAGUUCCUUGCAGGAGAGUUGGGUGGGACCGGGGAGACCUGGCAGCGACCCGGGAAGACCUGGGAGCGACCCGGGGGCGUGUCCGGGGAGACCUGGCAGCUACCAGGGGGCGGGCAGACCAACGCUUCCCGCGACCCGCCAACUACCCCGAACAGCCUGAAGGAUACUGGAUUCGUGACUGCCAGGUUCACCACCCUCGGCGCGACCGGCCGUGCAGGCCCGACCAGCCUGGGUGCCCACUACCGCGGACAGGACCACGAGAAGCUGGUGACCUUACAGGACGGGAUCCAGCUCUUCACCGUGCCUGAGACGGGAGACUACAGGAUUGAAGUUGCAGGUGCCGCAGGAGGCUGGGAUUCCGUCAACGAUAACAAGGAUAACCGGGGCUAUGGUGCCAUGAUGAUGGGAACCUUCAAACUACACAAAGGAGAGGUGCUGAAGAUUCUGAUUGGGCAGGAAACCAUGACCAAAGGCGGCCUUUCUUCCGGGGGAGGCGGCGGGACGUUCGUGGCGAGGUUUAACAACACCCCCCUCAUCAUCGCGGGAGGGGGAGGGGGGAUGCAGUGGUUGCACCGGCAGUAUGCUUCGUGCGACGGGACGACGCUAACGUCCGGCCAGAGGAGUUAUUUAGGCGUGAAAGGCCGGGUGGGGAAUGUAAGUGACGAGGUGAACGCGGGAGGGUCUGAGGGGCACGGGGCGACAGACGGGAAGGGGAACGUAGGCGGGGGCGGAGGCGGCUUCUACACUAACGGCGGCAGCGGGCGGCAGUUUGGGUCCGGGUCUUGGAGAAACGGCGGGGAGGGGGGGUACGCGUUUGUGAACGGGGGUAAGGGAGGGAGGGGCGGGAUAGGUUAUAAUACUGACGGGCCAGAGGGGGGGUUUGGUGGCGGAGGGGGGGCCUUCGCGCCAGGUAAGGGGUCAGGAGGAGGAGGGGGGUACUCCGGAGGGGGGAGGGGACAAUCAGGACUCUGCGAAUGCGGAGGAGGAGGAGGCUCCUUCAAUAAUGGCACGGAAAAAAGUGGCCGGAAUGGAAAAAACGACGGGCCUGGUUACGCAGUGAUCGUGAGGCUGUUUGACUGA